AUGGACCAUGAAGCCGUGAGCGGUUCCCUCGAACGAUGCUACAUCCUAUCGCUUAGCUGUGACUUGCCCGCGCUCUGCAUUAUUGGCAACCGCCAACUCAAAUACCCCGGUUACUCUUCCAUGACCGUAUCUUCAUCUGUUUCCCCGUCAUCGACGCGGCCUUCAAAACAUUUGAAUACUGCGGUGAACUUCAUGUCGUCUCAAGACUUGCUCGAUCUCGAUCUGGUGGUGUACAUGAAAACCGAAUUUCUAGGCGAUGAACUCAUUGAAAUCGAGCACUUGAUAUCCAACCUAGCUCAUCGUCGUAUGCCUCCCUAG